AUGACAUUUGUCUGCGCGGCCUUUCCGUCGCUUGAUACCCAUAUCGCGGCCGGGGCCCAACACCAAGCUCACAUGUCACAUGUCAUGAGCUCUAUACGGGUCCACCUGCUAUCGUUGGUAAACUUGAUCUACGACAAACAAGGAUUUUCUGGCAAGCUUUCGGACCUUGGCGUCAACCUCCCCGAGAUCGAAGCCCCUACUGCACUAGGAUUCUGA